AUGGUGGUGGUGAUGAAGGUGGAGUUGGUGGUUGUGGUAGUGGUGGAGCAUGGUGGUGGUGGUGGUGUUGGUUGUGGAGGUGGUGGUGGAUGUGUGGAGGAGGUGGUUGUGGUGGUAGUGCUGGUGGUGGUGGUGGUUGUUGUGGUGGUGGCAGAGGAUGAGGAGAAGGAUGUGGUGGUGGUGGUGGUAGUGGUGGCAGUGGCGGUGGUUGUGGAGGUGGUGGUAGUGGUAGUGAUGGCAAUGAUGGUGGUGGUAGUGGUGGCAAUGACGGUGGUUGUGGAGGUAGUGAAUUUGGUGGUGCAAAUGGUGGAGUUAGAUGUGGAAGUGGAGGUGGUGUCAUUUCUUAAAAUGAAUGCUGAGAAGGCGAAGAAGGACGAGAUUAAGAAGGCGGCGUGCGCGGCGGAGCUGAUGGUGGACGCAAUGAACGGCAGCAUUCAAGAGUCGUUUGUGAACGAGAAGCUAAUUGAGUAUGAAAUUAGGGCCUUGACCGCCACCAUCACUCGCUUCACCAAACAGACCGAUCAAUGGCUCUCUGUCACUCAUUCUAUGAACUCCGCCAUUAAGGAAAUUAGAGAGUUUGAGAACUGGAUGAAGAUCAUGGAGUUUGAUUGUAAGAGUAUCACUGCAGCUAUUCACAACAUUCACCAAGCAUGA